CUUUGAAAAACUCGAUGGAAAGAGAGGGAGACUCAGAUCCAAUCCCGACUGACAUCAUUCUCGUCCUCGAUAUACUAUCGAAAUUGUCUAAUAAGUCAAUCGCUAGGUUUGGUCUCGCAUACAAGUUCUGUUCGUCUAUACUUAGAGGUCAAGAUUUCACUAAGUUGUUCCAAACUAGGCCCUUGACUCGGCCACGUCUCUUAUUCGCCGUUCAAAAUUCUGAUAAGUGGUGCUUAUACUCGUCGCCUCAGCCGAAGAAUCCAGAUGAGAAUCAUUCUCUUGUACUAUCAACCGAUUUUCAUAUGCAGUUACCUAGAGACAUGUGCCAAGAGAUUUUUGGCCUUGUCUCUGGUUUGCUCUAUUUCCCUAAUACGCUGACAGAUAAAGUGCCGGUGAUAUGUAACCCUAGCACGGGACAGUACGCAAGAUUAACUCAAUGGACAAGUAAGAGCAAUUUGAGCAGCUUAUUAGGGUAUGAUCCUAUUGGCAAACAAUACAAGGUACUCACAACAAGCAAUUCAUAUUUUAAUUCACAAAAUAUUCAGACAUUACGAACUGGAAAAGUAGCAUGGAGGACGAUCCAAUGUCUCGUAGACCAUUAUCCUAUAAGUGAAGGGAUAUGCAUCAAUGGGGUUUUGUAUUACAUGGCUCGCCACCAUGACCAGUUCAGUGGUGUGAAGAUAGCUUCCUUUAAUGUAAGGUAUGAUAAGUUUCUAAAUGCGGAUCAUGACAUAACCUUAUGUUCUUUGCUUGCUAAACUGAUCAAUUAUAAGGGUAAAUUAGGUGUGCUUCGUUGUUAUUGGGAUAAUCAAAUUUAUAAAAAGCCUUGGGCUGUAGUUAAGUUGUGUUUGUGGGUUCUAGAGGAUGCUGAGAAAGAAGAAUGGUUGAAAUGUGAAUACACUUUACCGGUCUUUAAGGGUUAUGUUUCCGUUGUUGGAGUGACUGCUACUGGUGAAAUUAUUUUGUCCAUGGAUUAUACAUCGAAAUCCUUCUUUGUUUACUACUUCAACCCCGAAACAAACACUUUGCAAAGAGUUGGAAUCCUAGGGCUUGAAGGGUCAGAGAAGAAUCUUAGUAGUAGAGUUCACACCUUUGUAGACUAUGCAGAAGAUUUCAAGUUUAUAUAACUCAUAUGUAAAUUACCUGGAAAUGUGGCUUUUCAUCAGACAACUUUUGUUGUGAGCUUCAUCAUUUGUUGGCUUAUCAAUUUGGUUUCCCAGGUUUUCUUCUCGAUGUUACUUGAAAAUUAACAAAAUAUGCAUUUUCAUAAAACGUCUUUUUGUAAUGAUAUUAUAGUCUAUAAGAUUCUUUUAAGAUCUCUCUAUCAAUUUUGUCUUUUCAUUUCUAAGAAAUUAUUAAUUGAUACCUGAAACAACGUAUGUCUCUGUUAAU